CACCAGGCGGAAGUAAAGAAUAGAAUGGACUCCAGCAGCGUCAGUUUUCCUGAUGUGUGGACUGAGCUGGAGGAAGGUUGUUUUGUCUCAUCUCAGAUGAAUAUUUGAUCAAAUGAAGUAAAGAUGAGUUCAGUCCAGAAUCUGAGAGAGUUGAUCAACCAGCGACUAACUGCUGCUGCUGAAGAAAUAUUCACAGAGUUUGAGAAAACCAUCGUUCAGUACGAGGAAGAGAUCGAUCGUCAGCGCAGACUGCUGGAUAACAUCUGGAAACCUGAGAUAAAGUUACACACAACAGACUUCCUACAGCAACACGUGUCUGCAGACGAGGUUCUCUCUGAGCACCAUCGCUGUAACUCCAGUCUGGACCAAGAAAACCCAGAACAUCCACAGAUUAAACAGGAACAAGAGGAACUCCACAGUCUGGACGGACAGCAGCUUGUACCAAAUCAGGAAACCCAUAUCUUGAAGCUGAUUCAGUGCAAGUCCAAAUGUGAAGAAUUCUCUGAAGAAAUAUUCAGUGUCUUUGAAAAAACAAUUAACCAGUACGAGGAACAGAUUUAUCGUCAGCGCAGACUGCUGGAUAACAUCUGGAAUCCCAGAACUACGUUACACACAACAGACCUCUUACAGCAACAUGUCUGUCAGAAAGAGGGGGUUCUCGCUGAGCAGCAGCUCGAUAACCAGGAGAAGAAUUCCUGUCUGGAUGAGGAGAACCCAGAGCCACCACAGAUUAAAGAGGAACAGGAGGAACUGCGCACCAGUCUGGAUGGAGAUGUCCUUGUAGUGAAGCUGGAGACUGAUACCUAUACAGUGACUUCUGCUUACGAGGACAGUGAUCACAGUGAACCAGAACCACAUAGUGACCAGCUUCUCUUUCGGAAUUCACCCAUAGAGAGCUCAGAUCAGGAAGUAGACUCAGGCUCAACUAAAAAUGCAGAACUAAUGCCAAACAACAAUAACAGUAACAGCUUAAACUAUUCUUCCAUGACAGAGAAUCCAUGUGAUACUGAGGCAGAGAAAAAGUCUGUAAAAUGUGAUUUUUGCGAAAAACCUUUUAAAGAUAAGUACCAACUGAAGAAACAUUACAGAAUCCACACAGGUGAGAAACCAUAUGUCUGUAAAAUAUGUGGGGAAAGUUUUGGUUAUAGUAAAUCUCUGAAAGCCCACAUGACAAUUCACACAGGUGAGAAGCCGUAUUCUUGUGAAACAUGUGGAAAACAUUUUAGUCUAAGUUGUAAUUUGUCGCGCCACAUGAGAACUCAUACAGGUGAGAAACCGUAUUCUUGCAAAACUUGUGGGAAAAAUUUCAGUCAGAGUGGUAAUUUGUGGCACCACAUGAGAAUUCACACAGGUGAGAAGCCCUAUUCUUGUGAAAUAUGUGGUAAAAAAUUCAGCCAGCAUGGUCUUUUGUUGGUCCACAUGACAACUCACACAGGUGAGAAGCCGUAUUCUUGUGAAACAUGUGGAAAAAGUUUCAGCCUAAAUUGUAAUUUGUCUCGCCACAUGAGAACUCAUACAGGUGAGAAACCGUAUUCUUGCGAAACCUGCGGGAAAAGUUUCAGUCAGAGUGGUAAUUUAUUGCACCACAUGAGAAUUCACACAGGUGAGAAGCCAUAUUCUUGUGAAAUAUGUGAGAAAAGUUUUAGCGAAAGUGGUAAUUUGACUGCCCACAUGAGAACUCACACAGGUGAGAAGCCGUACUCUUGUGAAACAUGCGGCAAAACUUUCAUUAAACAUGGCCAUUUAUUACGCCACAUGAGAACUCACACAGGAGAAAUGCCAUACCAUUGUAUCACCUGUGGGGAAAGAUUUAAAUACGUGUCAACCCUGAAAAGUCACAUGAGAUCUCAUACGGAUGAGACACUGUAUGUUAUGUCUCCACUCAUACCUCCAACAAUAACAGUACAAAGGAUCUCCCCUAGCGGCAGCUGUGAGGAACUCUGCACCAGUCUUGACAGACAGCAGCAUGUACCAAAUUUGCUGUUUCAGUGCAAAUCCAAAUGUGAAGAAUUACACAGAGAAUUUUUUAUAGAGAAAACACCAUUCAGGACAAAAGAAGAGAUUGAUAAUCGGUGCAGACUGCUGGAUAUCAUCUGGAAACCCAAAAUGACGUCACACACAAUAGACCUCUUUCAGCCACGUGUCUGUCAAAGGGAGGAGGUGUUUGCUGAGCAGCAGUUCUGUAACCAGAAGAAAGAAUCCAGUCUGGACCAGGAGGACCCAGAGUCUCCACAGAUUAAAGAGGAACAGGAGGACUCAGAUACUACACAGAUUAAAGUGGAACAGGAAGAGCUCUGUACCAGUCUGGAGGAGGAUGACCCAGAGUCUCCACAGAUGAAAGAGGAACAGUUAGGUCUCUGUGCCAAUCUAGAACAAGAAGACCAAGACUCUCCACAGAUGAAGGAGGAACAGGAAGAAUUCUGGACCAAUCUGGACCAGGAGGACCUACACCCUGUAUGUAUCAAAGAUGAACACGAGGAACAGUGCAGCAGUCUGGACCAGGAGGACCCAGAGGCUCCACAGAUUAAAGAUGAGCAGGAGGAAAUCUGCAUCAGUGAGGAGGGAGAGCAGAUUGUACUGAAGCUGGAGAAUGAUUCCUUUCUGGUGAUGCCUCCUUAUGAGGAAACUGACCACAGUGAACCAGAAUCCAACAGUGAGCAGUUUGCCUCUCACAACUUUAAUAUAGCUGAGAGCCAGUGUGAUACUGACACAGGGAUGAAGUCUGUAAAAUGUGGUAUUUGUGGAAAAAUCUUUAAAGAUAAGUACCAAAUGAAGAAGCAUUACAGAGUCCAUACAGGUGAGAAACCAUAUGUUUGCAAACUAUGUGGGAAAAGUUUCAGUUAUAGUAAAUCCCUGAAAGUCCACAUGACAAUUCACACAGGUGAGAAACUGUAUUCGUGUGAAACAUGUGGGAAGAAUUUCAGUGCAAGUGGUAAUUUGACUGUCCACAUGAGGACCCACACUGGUGAGAAACCUUAUCCCUGCAACAUCUGCGGGGAAAGAUUUAAAUAUACUUCAACGCUUAAAAGUCACAUAACAACUCACACGGGUGAGAAGCCACAUCCUUGUGAAACUUGUGGGAAAAAUUUCAGUCAAAAAAGUCAUUUGUUGGCCCAUAUGAGAACACACACAGGUGAGAAGCCAUACUCCUGUGAAACAUGUGGAAAAAAUUUCAGUCAAAGAAGUCAUUUAUUGGCCCACAUGAGAACACACACAGGUGAGAAGCCGUAUUCUUGUGAAACAUGUGGAAAAACUUUCAAUCGAAGUGAUAGUUUGUUGCACCACAUGAGAACUUACACAGGUGAGAAGCCGUAUUCUUGUGAAACCUGUGGGAAAAGUUUCAGUCAGCGCUGUCUUAUGUUAGUCCACAUGAGAACUCACACUGGCGAGAAGCCGUAUUCUUGUGAAACAUGUGGGAAGAGUUUCAGUCUAAGUUGUAGUUUGUUGCGCCACAUGAGAACUCACACAGGUGAGAAGCCGUAUUCUUGUGAAUUAUGUGAGAAAAGUUUCAGCCAGCAUGGUCUGUUGUUGGUUCACAUGACAACGCACACAGGUGAGAAGCCGUUUUCUUGUGAAACAUGUGGGAAAAAUUUCAGUCUAAGUUCUAACUUGUCGCGCCACAUGAGAACUCAUACAGGUGAGAAACCAUAUUCUUGCAAAACUUGUGGGAAAAAUUUCAGUCAGAGUGGAAAUUUAUUGCACCACAUGAGAAUUCACACAGGUGAGAAACCAUAUUCUUGUAAAAUAUGUGGUAAAAAAUUCAGGGAAAGUGGUAAUUUGACUGCCCACAUAAGAACUCAUACAGGUGAGAAGCCUCAUUCUUGUGAAACAUGCGGCAAAACUUUCACAAAACAUGGUCAUUUGUUGCGUCAUAUGAGGACUCACACAAAUGCGGCUGCAACACCUGUGGAGAAAGAUUGAAAUGUGCAUCAGCACUGAUAAGUCACUAAAGUGUUGGUACAGAUCAGACAUCUUAGUCCUGUAACACCUGGGGGAACAACAUCCAUUCAUGUUAAAAGUAGAUCUUUCUGCUUCAAAGUGCCUUUAGAUCACUUCAACAAUGAUCCUGUGAGUUUAUUGCAUGCAACACUGUAAGAGAUGGAUCUAAUAAAAUCUGGUUUCUAUCCGUGUCAGACUGUACAAUCAAUUGGAAGCUGUAAAUCUUUUUGAGUCUGAUUUGACUCUUACAGAAGCACAUUCCAUUUGCAAAAGGAAUACAGUUUGAGAUGCCUCAUCCUUAGAUGAAAGACUUUAUAAUUAAUUUAACGUCUGUUAUCAAUCUCUGCUUAAGAGAUCAGGAAGAUGUUACUACCUGAUUUGAUGUAAUGAACACGAGUUUGAACACCAUGUAAUUUUUUUUCCAGUUAAGAAUUUUGGAAAAUGUUAAGCUCGUAUGUGCAUAAAUUGGCUGCUAUCUUAUUCAUCUUGUUAAAAUCUGAUGUAUUUCUGUGGUGGUUUUAUGUAACAAAAAAACCCCCAAAAAACUAAAUAUUUGUAUUAAGAGAAAAUAAAACCAAUUUCCUUUGCAGUAACAUCUGGAAGCAACAGAUCUGACUGGAUUAACGAGCUGCAGGAACACAUGACAUCCUUUUUAAAAAGAUAUGCAAACGAUUUCAUCAUGUUUAUAGCUGCACCUUUUAUAAAACAGUUUAAUAGUAAAGUUUUGCAUUCAGAGGCUUUGGGUUCCUUCAGAAAAGUUUGCUCAGAUCAGAUGAUAUCGCUGUGAUACACACUGAGUGCUGUACUAAUGACAUCAGCUGUAUCAUUGUUUAUAGUGUAGUAUAUCUGGACCUGUACAGAAACACAGAUUGUUUAUUUCCCUCAGUUGUUUUGCUACGAUUAACUUCUCUCUAGAUUGUUAAUAAAACACUGAUGACACAUUG